CAACGGUGAUUCUUAAAAAUAUCUAUUGAUAUAGCUUAAUUGAGUAUUUAAGUGUCUCAACUCAAUAUUAAAGUCCAAGAUUAUGGUUAUGUAAUGAUAUCUCUAGUGAUCAAUACUGAGAGCCCUAUGCAGGAAACCCUACAUGUGUCCAGGUAUACGAGGGUAGCCAGUUUAGAAUAGUCUCUGAAGAGUACAUCAUGUUGCUAGUGUUUGUGUUGUUUGUGAUUUGUUCAAUCUCAAUCAUCUUCGUGUAGAACUAUUGUUCGUUUGUAAUUUUGUCCAACUACUAACUCCAGUCAUGGAUGUUAUCUUGGAUGCUAUUUUUGAACAUGUUUUCUCUAAGUUAGACCGGGGAUGCUUGUUGGCACGUUACAAAAGAAGACAACUCACAGACUACCUCAGCACAGUUAUCAGAGGAUCCGCAGCAGACGACACUCAAGAAGGUUGCAGACGGGCAGUCCGUGCGGCUAUACGCUUCCACCGAAACUCCAAAGAAGCCAACGGUAAAAUCUGUCUUCUAGGGAAGUUCCACAACGUUCUCUACGUCGCUGCUACAUUAUGCUUCGACUGGAAGCUUGAAGAUUCAGAGAUCGUUGCUGAACUCCUCCAUGACAUAUUCGACUGCGAGUGUACUUUUGAAAGGCUCUUCGUCGGAGCCAUCCUAGGGACUAAAGUUACCCAUUUGAUCUCCGGGUGGAAAAGUGACUUUAGAAGCAAAGAGGAGUGUAUAGAUGCUGUAAAGUAUUUUUUGGACCACUCGACUAAAGCUGGGUUGAGGUUUCAGUGCUCGUCUGGGGACUCUAGGAAGUUUGUUGAUGUCCCGAUGGAGUCUUACGGAGGGUCUACGCCCCUCAGGGUCGCAGCCCAAGCAGGUCAGCCUGGCGUGAUUUCUUUGCUACUUCACUACGGUGCGGUGGUCACACCUCUUCCUGACCCAAACACUUGUGCCUUGCAACUACUUCUGCGUCGUAUGAAUGACUUCUGUCAUGACAGACCUGAGGAACCAAUCCCAUCGGAGUUCAUCCUUUGUUUAAACUUGCUGCUCCGUGACUUCCCCAGAGUGCCUCAAAUUCUUCCCGACCCCGAAGAUGAUCCAGACCUACAGGAAGUGAGGGAAAUCCAUCCGAGGAUGAUUGCAAUGGUAUCUCCAGAGAAGUCAGGGUUAACAAUUGUGCCUAGUCUGCGACAGCUGUGCAGAUGUUCAGCACGUCAACAACUUGCUGUUGAAGGUUUGCUGCCGUACGGCGUCAGCAAAAUGUCACUUCCUGAUUCAGUGGUAGAUUACCUAUUGUAUAAAAAUGACUGAUAUGAUCAAGUUUGUUAAUAUUGUACAUAUACGAUAUCGAAUUAUAUUCACUUGUAAAUUUUGAAUUUUGGACUGUGAUAUUCAAUUGAAAUAAAAUAUUAAGUUAAUCAAGAA